AUGAUCUUAUUACGUUCUUCAUUUUUAAACCCCCAAAUUCACCUUUUCCCGCGAAAACCACAAUCAAUUUUCCCCAAAUAUUUCUUCACUAAGUUCAAUCAAUUUAAAUUAACCACCGCAAGUCAACCAAUUUUCAAUGAACAACAAGAAGAUUUAUCAAAGCCCAUAAGUAAUAACGAUAAAAAUCGGCUUAUUAGUUAUCCGAAUCAAGUUUCGGCUAACCAUCAAACCUACUGUUGGCUAUUAGAAGCAUUUUUAAAUUCUGGGUCUCUCUCAGAUGUUCAAAAGCUUCAUGGGAAGUUAUUAAAACUGGGUUUUGAUUCGGAUUAUGGAAUUAAUAGCCGGUUACUUGAUGUUUACCUAAAUCUUGGAAAUUUACGUUAUGCAUACCAACUGCUCGAUGAAAUGCCUGAGAGAGAUUUUUUGUCUUUUUGGAAUGGUUUGUUUUUCUGGUUGAUUGGGAAGAAAAUGGGUGGUUUGGUCUUGGUUUUAUUUUGGAAAAUGUUGGCGGAAAAUGUUGUUUGUCCGGAUGAAGUAACGUUUGGAAAUGUAUUGCGUGCGUGUAGUGGAUAUAAGGUUGAGGAUUGUUAUGUGAAGAUGAUUCAUGGUAAGAUUGUUCGGUAUGGUUUUGGUGAGAAUUAUGUUGCGUGUAAUCCGUUGAUUGAUUUGUAUGCGAAGAAAGGGUGUAUAGAUAUUGCAAAAUGUGUGUUUCAAGGGUUGGCUAUGAGGGAUAAUGUGACUUGGGUUGCUAUGAUAUCGGGUUUUUCUUAUAAUGGACUUGAAGAAGAGAGUAUUUUGUUAUUCAAAGAAAUGCAUGAUUCCGGGGCUUUGCCUACUCCGUAUGUUUUCUCUAGUGUUAUAAGUUCAUGUACGAAGAUUGAGUUUUUUGAGCUAGGUGAGCAGUUGCAUUCCCUUAUACAUAAAUGGGGAUUUUCAUCUGAAACUUAUGUCUGCAAUUCUCUUGUCACAUUGUAUUCCCGUUGUGGCGAUUUGUCGUCUGCAGAACAAAUUUUUAAUAAAAUGGAUCAUAGGGAUAGUGUAUCGUACAACACUCUUAUCUCGGGGCUUGCUCAGAAAGGACUAAGUGAGAAGGCUAUGGAGUUCUAUCGAAAAAUGCAGUCUGAUACCCUGAAACCGGAUUCUGUCACUGUUGCUAGUCUCUUAAGUGCUUGUGCGUCAAUUGGGGAUUUGUUGAAAGGGAGACAACUACAUUCGUAUACAAUAAAGGCGGGAAUGUGUGCAGAUAUAAUCAUAGAAGGCUCGUUACUUGACCUUUAUGUUAAAUGCUCCGAUGUCAAAACUGCUCAUGAGUUGUUCCUUACAACAGAAAAAAAAAAUGUGGUUUUAUGGAAUGUCAUGUUAGUGGCUUAUGGACAGUUGGGGGAUCUCCAUGAAUCCUUCAAAAUUUUUUCACAAAUGCAGAUUAACGGGUUGAGACCUAAUCAGUACACGUAUCCAAGUAUACUUAGAACAUGUACUUUGGUGGGUGCUUUAGACCUCGGUGAGCAGAUCCAUUCACAAGUUGUGAAAACGGGUUUUCAGCCAAAUGUAUAUGUCUGCAGUGUUCUUAUUGAUAUGUACUCCAAGCUUGGGGACUUGUAUACCGCACAGAAAAUUCUUAGACGCCUCAAAGAGAAAGAUGUUGUCUCCUGGACAGCUAUGAUAGCAGGGUAUGCUCAACAUGAGUUAUUUGUUGAAGCUCUUAAGACAUUUGAGGAAAUGCUACACCAAGGAAUCCAAUCAGAUAACAUCGGAUUUUCAAGUGCAAUUAGUGCGUGUGCAGGAAUUCAAGCUAUCAACCAAGGCCGCCAAAUUCAUGGUCAUUCAGUCGUUCGUGGUUAUUCCUCUGAUCUUUCAAUCGGGAAUGCACUUGUUUGUUUGUAUGCUCGCUGUGGUUUAAUAAACGAAGCAUACUUGGCGUUUGACAAGAUCAAUUAUAAAGAUAAUGUCUCAUGGAAUGGAUUGGUAUCAGGAUUUGCACAGAGCGGAAAUUAUGAGGAAUCACUUAAAGUAUUUGCGAAAAUGAAUGAAAUUGGGGUAGAAUUGAAUAUGUUUACAUACGGAUCAGCAAUUAGUGCUGCUGCAAAUACAACAAACAUAACACAAGGGAAGCAAAUCCAUUCAACAAUGAUCAAAACCGGCUACAAUUUGGAACCCGAGGCUUCAAAUGUUCUCAUAACAUUAUAUUCAAAAUGUGGUAGCCUUGAGGAUGCCAAGAAAGAGUUUCUUGAAAUGCCUGAAAAGAACGAGGUUUCGUGGAAUGCCAUGAUCACGGGUUAUUCUCAACACGGGUGUGGAGAUGAAGCUAUAAAACUCUUUGAGGAAAUGAAACAGUUGGGUUAUACCCCAAAUUAUGUUACUUUUGUGGGUGUUUUAACGGCUUGUAGCCAUGUCAGAUUAGUUGACAAAGGACUGGAAUACUUCAAAUCGAUGAGUCAAGAUUAUGGUUUAGUGCCACGAGCCGAACACUAUGCUUGUGUUGUAGACAUACUUGGACGGGCUGGGCUUUUGACCCGUGCACGAGAGUUUAUUGAGUCAAUGCCAAUUGAACCUGACGCAAUGGUGUGGAGGACACUCUUGAGUGCGUGUACAGUUCACAAAAAUAAAGAAAUUGGAGAAAUCUCUGCAAAACAUCUUCUUGAAUUAGAACCAGAAGAUUCAGCCACAUAUGUGUUAUUGUCAAAUAUGUAUGCUGUUUUUGGAAAAUGGGAUGAUAGAAACCGAACAAGAAAGUUAAUGAAAGACCGAUAUGUGAAGAAAGUGCCGGGGCGCAGCUGGAUUGAGAUCAAAAACACGGUUCAUGCAUUCUUUGUUGGUGAUUGUCUCCAUCCACUAGCCAAUGAGAUCUAUGAAUAUUUGGAGGUUAUAAAUAAAAGGGCUUCUGAUAUGGGUUAUGUUCAAGACCGUUAUAGUCUUUUAAAUGAUUUGGAGCAAGAUCAAAAGGAUCCAUUAACUUGUAUACAUAGUGAGAAAUUAGCCAUUACAUUUGGACUUCUGACCCUGUCUAAUACGAUCCCCAUGCGGGUUAUGAAGAAUCUUCGUGUAUGCAAUGAUUGCCAUAAUUGGAUAAAGUAUGUGUCAAAGAUUUGCAAUCGUGAUAUAAUAGUUAGAGACUCGUAUCGGUUUCAUCAUUUUGGAGCUGGUGUCUGUUCGUGCAAAGAUCAUUGGUGAUUUGGAUGUGUUUAUGUUGGUUCAUGUGAUCUGUUCCAGAGCCAAGAUAAUGUCUCUAUUAACAUCAAAGACGGUUCAAUCUGCUAAAAGAUAACAUCCAAUUGAACUCACCAAAGGUGCAUCAACAUUGUAAAGAAUAUCAAGAACAUGGAAGUUUGAUAUAGCAACCAUCAGUUAAUUAGCUUCAAAUGUGACUAGUAUCUAGUCCACUGCUUCGAUGGAAUGGGGUCAUAAAGCCGACGAAGAACCAUCACACUUGAUGGCAGAUCCAUAUCAGGGAAGGUGCAUAUUCCAUUGUAUUAAUACAAGAUGGAGCAAGAAGGUAAUAGUAAUUUGUACAAAUCCUCUCAAGUGAAGCUGCAAAUGAAGAGUUUUUGUCUUCUGUCAUAAGUGCAGAUAUUCGUCUGAGUUGACGUUAGCUCGCUUGCUAUUCUCUUUGGAAGGUUUUUUUCUUUUCCUAUACUUCCAUUACAUUUGUAUAUCAUUUACUCUUAUUCUUUCCGGUAAUCCGGCCUGAUACAUAGUUUUGAAAUCAUGUAAUUACUACAUUCCCAAAUUUCUCAGUAGUUUUGGUUGUAUAUACUAUAACAUUGCUGUACGAUGUUUUCGUAAUAAAAUUCUA